AUGAACGAAGAAGAACGCGAAGUGCUCAAAUCAAUCUAUGAAUCCGAUCCGAAUUUUACUGUUGUGAAUGAUACCACUUUUCAGUACAAAAUUAUCGUUGAUAAUGACCGUUUUUACAUCGUGGAAAUUCAUUGGCCCGAUAAUUAUCCAGAUGUCAUACCUACAUUCAAUCUUGAUUUGUUCAGUAAUCGGUUGCUAACCAAUGAAUUCAAAACGAAAUUGAUAGAAAAAUUGACAGCCGAUGCUAACGAACAACUAGGCAUGCCAAUGACAUAUACUUUAUUUGAAAGUAUCAAAGAUUUCUCGUUCGAUGGUGAUGUUUUUCAGAAUACUCUCAUAUCGAGUGCAUCGGUAACACUACCAACAACGACAACGGCGGUGACUGCCACUCCGCCUGUCCCGACUGUGAAAAAAGAGCAAUUGAGUAAAGCACAAAAACGGCGUCAAUGGAAUAAUCGAGUGGUCGGCGAAGAGGGACAAAAGCCUCGUGGCCAUGAUUGGGUGGAUAUUGUCCGACAUUUGUCUCAAACAGGAAAUAAAAUUGAAAGUUAA